GCUAAGAUGUGACGUUUUCUUCUUCCGCAGCGAUGGUGGCACUGAGCAACGGAGCUGCCGUCUCUGCCCCCUCACCACCUCCAGAACAGCAGAGAAACUGGACGGUCAACAGGACGGAAGCUGAGAGCCCACGGGGCCCCGAAGCCUUGAAGUUACCACACACGUGCCUGACGGAUCACCACAGUUACUGCAUCAAUGGCGUUUGUGCUUUCCACCACGAUCUCAAGAAACCCCUCUGCAGAUGCCCCUCGGGCUACACGGGGGAGAGAUGCGAGCACCUGACACUCACCUCCUACGCGGUGGAUUCCUACGAGAAGUACAUCGCCGUCGGGAUCGGGGUCGGACUGCUCCUCAGCGGCCUGGUGGCCGUCCUCUACUGCUACGUGCGAAAGAGGUGCAUGAAGCUGAAGUCGCCUUAUAAAAUGUGUUCUGGAGGGAGGCCACUGUGAGGCUUGAACUGAGGAGAAUGUCACCCGAUCCAACGGCACGAACCCCGACGUGGACCGGAACUGACCGGCCCCGGGGGACCACCCCACCCCUUCCC